AUGGCAGAACCUUCACGUCCAAAGAUUAUCAUUAUGAAAGGCGCGACCGAUAACUUGUCUGCCGCUACCUACCAAAUCUACGGCGAAUCCCAUACCAUUGGCAACUCAUUGCGAUGGAUGCUCAUGAAAAACCCAAAGGUGGAGUUCUGUGGAUAUAGCGUUCCUCAUCCGUCGGAACCCACCAUACAGAUUCGUAUCCAGAUGUACGAUGAUCUUUCUUCCCUUGAAGCACUCAUCAAAGCUCUGAGUGACUUGGACGACCUCUGUGUUUCCAUCGAAAACAAAUACGAAACGACCCUACAGCACGAUGAUUAUUACAGAUUUGAGGAGAAAUCUUAG